UAUGCAACUGUAGCACGUCAAUGCCAUAUAGUUCACCGGUGGGCUGCAUUACCCCAGAUCAUUGGAGAUCUACAGCACACAUGGAACGCCUUACUGUCCGGAGGCGCACCCGUUUGCGCAGUGCGCAUUACCUUUGCCGCUGCUCUCCCUUUGCGACAGUCCGCUCAGUAAUGUCUUCAUCUCAUCUGCCUUUGCUCGUACUAUGUGAGCAUCUCGGCAACUCGAGCGCUAUCCACGUUUGCGACGCAAAGUGUUGCGACAGCUACUUCAACAGCUACAAUGUCUAGCCCUGCAGUACAAGUCGUUUGUGCCUGGCCAAUUUCAUCCAACUAUGGCGCAGGAUCGCGUAUUUUGUACUAUGUCCUGGUCGCGGCAUGUGUAACUUUUCGCAAAGCCGAAUGGCUGCGAAAUACGUGCCUUGCUGCCGUCUUGAUUCUGCCGGCCAUUUCUGCUCUCCAAGCCCUCGUGCUCGCUUCGGCGCAUACGAAUGGCGGCGUUGAUAUGGAUAUAUAUGGAGCUUUCCAGUUCUGCGCGAUCGGAAUUCUGGCAGCGCCUUUGACUGUGAGGCUGUCGCGAACCUACUUCCAGUCUCCAGGGCGCAACAUCAUAUUUCUCUGGACGAUACUGAUCUUGAUGGGAUUGUUGGCCCUCUGCGUGGAAUUCUACCGGGUCACCUCAACGGCCUGCAGCAGCGAUGAUGAUGGAAACCCUUUUUACGGCACCGCCAACUUCCCAUACGAACAUGCUAGAUGUAACUUGACGUGCUCCGAAAGCGAGGGUCCGAUAUCUCCAAUGCGGGGAGGAUCCGCGUCCGACGUCUAUGUUAUUCCUGUGCCGCGUAUCUUGUCCUUCAACGCCGCCAUGCUACUUUCUGCUGGAUUCUGCAUCCCCGCGAUAUUAUCUCUAAUAUUUACCUGGGAUAAGAUUUUGGAGAUCAACUGGAAGAGGCGACGGCCUGUUGAGCCUCUCAACGCUCGGAUUGAGGGUGCGAAUAUGACUGUUGGAGAGCUCAAAGGCAUCAACAACGUCGUGAGGAAGUUCUUGGGCGUCAUCGAAAUUCCGUUGUUUGGCGGGGUGAUUAUCACGAUUAUUGGGGUUGGCGAAGCGAACUUCUUCAGUCCACAAGUACGAUUUAUGACUGAGCCCAUGGCUUCGAUUGGACAAUGGUCACCAAUAGCUGGAACAAUCAUGGCCGCCCUUGGUUCUCUUUAUAUUCUGUGGUCAACCAGCGGCGACGACGUCCCGAAAGGGAAGCCCCCGAACCAAUCCGAGAACUCCGAUUCAUCACGUAUCAGUCGCAGUAGUGAGCGACAACCUUCUCAACGGUAUCCUUCGCCCGUAUAUCUUGGCCCUGAUAGAGAGACGGGGGAUGGUCUGGGUAUACGAUCAGAAUCGCCCAACGUUAUCGAGUUGACCCCGACCGUCACGUAUCCUGAUUCUGAACGUCAUACGGGUCCUGCCUCUCAGGCUAUUCGGCAAGAUACUCACCAACUGGAUCAGCCAACAGCUGGCAGAAACCGGAUACGAGGUUGGUUGACAUCAGCUGGGAAUUACCUCGGGGAUGCAGCACAUGAAAGACUUGAUCCAGACCAUGAACGAGUUGAUGAGGAGACUCAGAGGUUUCCAGAGGUUCCUGGCGAGAUUCUGCGAAAUCCCGAUCUGGAACGCAUCAGUCGCACGUACAGUCAGCUUCGCGAAGAAAGGGCAAACAGCGUAUACGCGGCAAGCAUCAUGUCUUCACCAGCGCUUGAAGGUAGUGCAUCUCCGGCACCUACGUCUCCGCCACCACACCAAGAACCUCCGCGUCCUGAAACUAGUCCUUCUCGACAGCCGAAACGGCGAGAUACACUAGAAGUACCAAAGGGAGGGCAUUGAACAAGCGAAAGUCACUGAUCGAUUACAAGCCAAACCAGGCUUCUGACACUGUCAGAUGCGAAGGAACACUAUGUCCUACACCCACUGCCCAGAUACCCUCGACGCUUGGACCGAAGUCAUCAGUGCGAUAGUUCCUCUCUG